UGAGCGUUGCAGCUACGACAGAAACGGCAACACAGAGUCGACCACCUCUUUCACUCACUAAACAGCAGCAGCGGAGUCGUCGUUAUCAGCGGCGACUCAUCCCAUCGCCUCGCCUCCUGCUGUUGUGUGCAGUAAAAUCGCUGCCUUUUCCGCUGUCACUGCCGCUACUGCUUUCAUCUUCGUAGUGUUGUUGUUGUUGCUACCAGUAGCCGCCCAACGGCCCCGUGCCGCUCGGACUGACUUGUCUUUCUGUCCGUCCGUCCAUCCGUCUGCCUGGCUGGCCGGCCGCCCGGGCGGGCGAUCAGUGCGAACGAACGGGGCUCUGUUUGUGUGUCUAUGCGAGUGCAUACCGCCACAGAAACUGCUGCACCAGUCGUCGGUGCAGUAGGCAGCAUCACGAACACGACGACGACCAGCAGCAGCAGCAGCAGCUAGCCCAGUCGCUGCUAUCACCAGCUGAACACGGUAGUAGGACGCCGAUAUGAUGUAGCUGGAGGAGUAUGGCUGUUUGUAAUACCCAGCAUACUCCCUGCUACUGCUGAAAUUUCGAAUGUCGAACGUUCAUCGUUGCCCCUCGUUGAUUGUUGCUUUUCUGUGCCCCUUACGCUAGUACUAGGAACAAGAAACGAUUGAGCUAUUCGUCAACUAGCCUGGAACCGCAACACCAAGCAAUAACAGCGGACAUAAGCGUUAAUAAUAACUUCUGGUUCAACAACUACUAUCUCGAUUAUUACUUGUGAACUAGAAUCUUGAGCUUGGCAACUUCUGCUGGUAUUGCUCACUCCUAAGGACAUAAUCCAGAAGCGGGUGCCGGCUAUCGUUUGCAUUUGUUGUCGUUGAAUCCACAGAUUCAACAGUGACUGACGUAUCUGUCGGUGAGUGGAAAAAAGCGUCUGAUGAUGCUCAGCGGCGUUCAACGAAGACCGUGUAGAAACCUAUAAGAAAACAGUUUAGAAAACUGGAGCAUCCAUAGUCAGCUGGAGAGCAGCACCUCAUUUGAAGUCUUAUUCCAGUACUGAACAUUUAUGGGUGAUGGUUUCUGCCCUAUUCAUAUGUGAAGGAAAUGUGCUUUCCACUGUUCAUCAUUUAAGCGUACGUCUAAUGACAAUUAGACAGCGAAGAAGACAUUGAAGCAACAUAUACUACCGUGGACUGGAUUACAUUUUCUCUAUUAGAGUAGAAUCAAAUAAGAUCGAGUGUGCGUGGUGCCACGCAGACCUAGGACACAACUGUUCCUCAUUAUCAUUACUUACGUCAAUCUUUGGCUCCAUUCAUUCGUAGUCCUUGUAGGUGCCCGAAUCUCAGUCUGACUUAAUCUAACAACAGAGAAAACGAUUUUUCGCAUGCCACCAAUCAAUGCAACGGGCGUCAUUCGUUCGUCCAGUUUGUCGGUCUUGUAGGUAGACGCUUUCAGCCCCGUCAAAUUUCAGGCUACACUCAAGUCCUGUGUCAUAAUAUACGCAAGUGGAACUUCUCCGAGUGUUAGCAAUUGCUACGUUCAUGUCAAACAGCUUUGGUACAAAAUAGUUGAAGUACAAGUGAAGUUCUAGCGGAUGGUCAGCAGUUGUGAAGCGACUGAUAUACUUCGUAAAGAAACGCGAGAAACCGAGCGUUUGCCAACACGAUGCCGCUUUUCGGAAAAUCGCAGAAAAAUCCCGCCGAAUUAGUGAGGGCGUUGCGGGAGUCUGUCGUCUCGCUUGAGGCAGGCGAUCGAAAAGCAGAGAAAGCCCAAGAAGACGUCAGCAAGAACCUCAAUUUAAUGAAGACAAUGUUAUACGGCUCUCCUGAGCAGGAACCCCAAACGGAUAUGGUCAUAUCACAACUGGCACAGGAGUUGUAUACGUCCAAUCUGCUCUAUAUGCUUAUUGAAAACCUUCAGAAGAUAGACUUUGAGGGUAAAAAGGACGUGGCCUUGAUCUUCAACAAUAUCCUACGACGGCAGAUAGGUCAACGGUAUCCAACAGUCGAAUAUAUUUUAAUGAAACCGCCAAUUGUCUUCACGCUAAUCGCAGGCUACGAAAAGCAGGAUAUCGCACUAAAUUGCGGUGGAAUGCUUCGCGAAUGUGCGCGGCAUGAAAGCCUCGCCAAACUUGUACUCUGCUCAGAGGACUUCUACAAAUUUUUCGGUUUUAUCGAGUCGUCUUCAUUUGAUAUUGCAUCUGAUGCCUUCUCAACAUUCAAGGAACUACUUACGCGCCAUAAGGUUUUAUCGGCGGAAUUUCUUGAAACCAACUACGAUAAGGUGUUUAACCAUUACCAAGCGCUUCUCAACAGCGACAAUUACGUCACGAAACGGCAGUCUCUCAAGCUGCUUGGGGAACUUCUCCUCGAUCGACACAACUUCAACAUCAUGACAAAGUACAUCUCGUCUGCAGAUAACCUUAAGCUUAUGAUGAUAAUGCUAAAGGAGCGGUCGCGAAAUAUCCAGUUUGAGGCGUUUCAUGUGUUCAAGGUCUUUGUUGCCAAUCCCAAUAAACCGAAGCCAAUUCUCGACAUUCUACUGCGAAAUCGAGAUAAACUUGUCGACUUCCUAACGAGAUUCCACACAGAUCGGGCCGACGACGAGCAGUUCAACGAUGAAAAAGCCUACCUGAUCCGACAAAUCCGCGAGCUGAAACCGCUAACAGAUUCACCACAAACAACGCCUCAGCAUACGACCAGCAUUACAACAUUGCCAGCAAAUCAAGGUCCCAGCACCAGUUCGACGGCCGGGACGGCGGGAAGUAGCCACUAAACGUAAAUGUUGCAAACAUCUGCUUCUCUGUUAUUUGGCAGACCGUCUAUCUGAUCGGCCGCACGCCUGCAUCAGGCAAUUGUUAGAUUGAAUGAUGACAUAGCCAAUAGAUAGACAGCCACGUAGCAAUGCAAAUAGCAUAAUUACGUGGUACAUACAGGAAGACAUAGACAAUGCGAUAACAAGCGAAUAAGCGAUAAAGGCAGAAAUAACCCAACCGAUAAGCUGAUACGUAGCUUGAUCCAGUCGUCAGCUUAAUCGAAAACACCAACUAUGGCAUCUAUUAUAGAUGGAUACUGCUACAAUUACCGGAUAAGAAUAUAACAACUCCUUACCAAUUGCAUGGCCGACCUGAAAGCGUGUCUAUUUCAGCCUCUUUUUGCCUGCUCACGCUUGGCUCUAAGUUGAUGGAGAUUAGUACAGAAGUGUAUUACUGCAACUGUUAUUGCUAUCUCCAGCGAAGUUCCAGGCGGUAAUGAUGGCCUCAAUAGCUUGGGUCUAUACAGCGUUGAUCGUGUCUGGGGAAUUGAUAAUUAAUUGUAAAACGAUACGUUUUCAACUUAAUGGCGAUGUAAGGACUGUGGGAAAUGGGCGUAGGCCAGUAACAACAGAUUAGCAUAUAUAUAUAAACACUAGUAAUAAGUCUGCUAAUCUUACCACAAUUAUAAAAUAUCAUUGUUAGUUAUUAUCAUUAUUAUUAACGAGACGGACUUUAUGAUCGGGUAGGUCACUCGUUAUAUGUCGGAACAGGUGGUUAGCAAACAUGUAGGCCAUCAUCAGAGUGGGUGUUGCGUGCCAGCAGAAUGCAACUAUCAUAACUGUGUUUCCAGCUUGUUUUAUCGUAAUGAAACCAGUAAAACGAAAAAACUCAUUAGCUGAAUUGAGACUUGCUUAUCAAUAAACUAGCAAAUUCAGUAAUAUUUUGUUGUUUCAGUAGUCUAUCCGCAGUAACGCGAUGUGUAUGAUGUCAAUAUGAUUGGCCUUUUUUCGGUUCGAAGAAACGACAGGACUAAUUCUGUGACAGAAUAGCCCGCCUCCUCUACCUUUAUAUAACGCGUUGUAAUAGAACCGAACGAAGUAGAACAUUGCAGUCCAGAUAGCAGUAUUCGGUCGACAUCGUAUAAGGAGCCUAUUGGUUACAAUGGUAAACCACUUUUAUAAUAGCGAGACCGACAGCGUUGGCAUUACUCUGCCAAAGGUUGGAUGAAGUAUUGUAUGUAACGUUGCAUUGCAAUGCAAUUUCCGACAGACAUAAGAACUUGUUAAACCAUAUAGUCGAUACGGGAUGUAUUUGCGGUAAGCUUUUUAUCUAUUCGAAAGAUGCGGAACACUCGUCAUAGGGGUGAUUGCUGUGCAAUAAUUCGAGUUGUCAGCGAAUAUAAAAAUUAUCUGACCUUCUCUUUUUUUAUUCCUUAUUUCUAUUCGAGAACGGCACCCAGGAAAAAUCGUAGAUCUCAAAGACACUUUGUACCUUGCUAUACAUUUCCCGUCAACCUAUUUACAGGUCUACAUUUAUUUACUACGCAACAAAAUGUAAACCAUUUUUCUAAAGCCGGGGGUGUACGGUUGGUAAAUUUCAACGUGAAUUAAAUACAGAUACAUUUUUUCGAAUAACGUUAGUCACUGUUAUUCGCUGCGAUUACAUGCUUUAUAUAUUCAGCUCACUGGUCGAUUGGAGCCCUAGCUGAACACGUAUUUUGUAAUGUAUCGAGAAACGUAAAAGGAACUCCAGAUCAAAAAAAGUCUUGUCAACAUGCGGUUUACCACGUUUGUUUUCCCUUGCUAAAAUAUUUAUUCAUACAUAGCAAAUUAAAUGAAUAGUUUUAUAUAGAUACAAAAUUGAGAAUAGGCCGACAAACUAUGGAAGCAGCUCUAGCAAAAGCUUGGCAGAGGUAACUGUCUGAGAUGAAGCGAGAUCGGUAGUUAUAACAAUUGUGCAUGGAUAUAUGGAUAAUUCUAUUAUUAAGAUAAGCCAUCAGUAGUAAUUGCAGACUCCAUAACGAAGGCCCAAAAAGGGUCUUUCCAGGAAUCAAGUACUUCAACUGUUUAGGUUCUAACCCCUGUAGGUAAAGGUUAAUAGGUAAAAUAAUAAGUUUGACGACAUGCUUCCAUCUUCAAAGUUCUCCCCUUAUUCCCCCCCCCCCCACCUCUUAAACUUAGCACCAUACGAGAUGUUGGCUUUAAGUAAAAAGUUUUUCCAAUGAAUCUUAGUGUUAUGAUAAACAACUAGUAAUAACAAUAACAGUUCGCAGAACAAACAAAAAUACAAAAGGCAAGAAGAGACAUUGGGGAAAUAAGGCGAAUUUGUAUUAUUUCAGUUCCUAUUUGUCUCACGCAAACACUUUUACCUUCUGCAAAGCAAUGAAACUAAACGAUGGGACAGAUAUUACGAUUUAUCUUUCUGAAAGUGUUAAUUGUACUGCGACAAGUAGGGUUCAGCGAGAGCUCUGGAAAAAGAGAAGUAAGUUCUUUCGGCAAAGCCUGAUAGGUCGAAAAAAAAGUGCGCUUGGAUUAGUCUCCUGAUAGGCCAAUACCUGUACGACAUGUUUUGGAGGUCAGAAAAAAAAUUCCGCUGUACGGAGUAGUAUGCAAAACGAUGGAUUAAUAACAAAGAGACGUGGAUGGGAAUAUGAUGACACGUUCACUGUUGCAACACGACGCCUGAUUGAAAGUUUAUUUUUCAUAAUAGCAUCAAACAGAAAACAAAACAAACUAUUAAUGAGGUACUAUUUAGUCUACGUACGCAAGUAUUCAAGUACUAUAAGAUAGAUGCGCUGACCAUGAUAAUUACUUGACUGUGUUUGGCCUACGUAUUUAUUUGCAAAUCAGCGGAGAAACUCUUGAAAAAAUAUUCAUGUAGAUUCCGUUUGGUGUUCCAUUUAUACACGAAGCGUAUACCGUAUCUGGCCCCUGACGGUGACGAAAACAACGCCCCACUAAUAUAAGUAACCCGUUUAAAAUCAUUCAAAACAGCAAUGAACAACAGCUCUUUCUACGAGUCAAAGAAUUUCUGCUCCUGAAAAGUCGAUUAAAAAUUACACCUAUAUAUAUAUAUAUAUAUAUAUGACUAUCUUUGUGUCAUCCAUGCAAUAACUCAGCUUUACAUUGAGAGUAACAAGCUGCGUUUCCCAGCAUGGGAAGAACGGAACGGUUUGUGCAAUGAGUACCCUUAAAAUGCAAAUUCAUGGUCUGUGGCCAAAGCGGAUAGUCGUACUUUUCCUAUCACUGUAUACCCAUCCCGGGGGACUCUUCGUGAGCGAAUAAAAUUGAUUGUAUGGUCAGCGUUUGUAGAUCACCGUCGUUACAACAGCUGCUAGGUAUAUAGACAUUUAGAUAGUAUCUUAUAUAAAGGUAUAUAUAUAUAUACAAUAAUAGAAUCCCCUGCUAGCACCAAUAAUAAUCAUAAUUAACAACAGUAAUAAUAAUAAUCACCUUAGUGUGUAACAGUGAAUUAGAUGUCAUAGCGUUUAUAAUUCAGAUGAACUGCCGGCAUGUUAAUGAUGCCCCUGACUUCGUACUGAAGGACGGAAUAGUGUCUGUACCGGAUCUAUGGGGACAUAUACAAUUAUGUACAAAGUUGCAGAGACACUAUAUACAUAGAUACAUACAGUAACAGAGGAACAGGGACAAAAAAAAUGCUGGAUUUAAGUCAACAAGUGAUAAAAACUAUAAUGGGGGCUAUGGUGACGAUUGAAGAACUAGUAUGGAAAAAGGAGAUUUGGGAAAAUACCACACAGAGAAAUAAGUGGCGAAAAGAAGAGAAUCAUUAUCGGAAAAUCUACGAAAAUGCACGCACCUGAGUGUGCAUAAACCAAAAUGCCUAAAAAAAACCAUGUAUGACAAAACGGAUAACGAUGGUCAAUGAAGUAAGUGAUGACUAGGUUGAUACGCGAAUAAUAAUACUAUUCAUUAUUAUUAAUAUACACACAUUGUAAAUAGACAGGGAACGAGGAAAAUACAUGCUACUAGAAACAUGGAAAGGAAGCAGCUCCCAAUUCCGAAGUGGAAAACCAUUAAAAAUGCCGAUUAAAAGCGACUAUUUAUUAAAGUUAACGAAGCUGGUGUUAUCAUUUUAGCUAGCAAUUACGAAACAUUUAGUACAUUGUCGAGGCAUGGGUAUUUAGAGAGUAGGUGGUUAUAGUUCGAUGUGAGUAUAUUUAAGUCAGUAGCACCUGUCGCUUCGGAUCCGAAGAUCCAUCGUACCACCUUGUGGAUCCAGCUAUACGAGACAUAUCAUCAUUUUUCCACGAUUUCCCAAACAUUAGCCUUUAGAAAACUACAGAAUUGGCUGGAAGUAUUGGAAAGAGGUAAUCUUGAUCUUUGACGUGUCGUUAUAGCUCUGCCAGCCGUUUUUUGAUAGCGAGCUUUUAUGUCUCCGAAUGAGAAGGUGAAAGAAAUGCUUCCUAUAGAAAUUUUGAUGAGGAGUCUUACAGUUCGUUAAAUAGUAAUCGUUCCUUUGGCCAUUUAAGUUCUAAGGAACCUAUGAGCAAUACCUACUGGUACGCCAUUACGUUAAGAUAGUAGAAAAAGCUUGCCCC